CGGGCGGCGGCACAACACUUGUUGCCUCCAACGCGCCCUGCCGUAGCAGAAGUCGUCGCAACUUAACUCGUCAGAAUGGUCCGAUUCACGUGCUUGCUUGCUAUCUUCCUUCUUGGCGCUCUCUUGCUGGCGACACCAGCCACAUGUUAUCCCAGGAUCGCUGGCAACUACUUCCUCGACGACGGCCCGUAUGAGCCCGAAGAGAUCAUGGACAUGCUUAACCGUCUAGACAACUACCUCCAACUGGAACGCAGAGUCGCAAACUACAAAGAUGUCAUUUCUAGCGAGAAACGUGCCCUGGACCUCGGCCUGAACCGUGGCUACUCUGGCGCCCUGCACGCCAAGCACAUGAUGGGCGUAGCAGCCGCCAACUUUGCGGGAGGCCCCGGCCGGAGGCGACGCGACGCGCACUAAACGUAUACGCUUAAAUUCUAGUCACAUGCGUGCUGAUACGACUUAUUAAACUAACAAACUCAACUCGUUCAAAUAUCGUUUGUGUGAAACACAAUAUAUUUAUGAAAUGCUUCAGUAAAAUGACUUUUGUUUAUACUACAAUAGUUUUAAUCAUCGGCCUAUUGCUAAUGUAGUAGUGUAAUUUGAAUUCCUAUAUAGAGAUAAAAUUACUAAUUAAACUCUUCUAUCUAUAUUUCGUCUAUGUAUUUCUUCAGUAGUGUCAGUAUUUUUCGACUCAGUAUUAUAGUGAUUGUAAAAAUCUUUCGUCUUUCCAGUUUCCAUUGUAAAAAUUACGCUUUCGGUGUACCUUCUUUGCUUUGUUAGAUAAAAUCUACAUGUAAGAAACUAGA